GAAUCAUCGAACCAGGAAAUAGGCACCAUCUUGUUCACUUAUAUUUCUCUACGACACAGCGGUCGCUGCCAUACCCUAUAAUUUAUCCUCUGGGAGCCAGGGUCUCUCAACGAAGGAUUCACGAACGCCAAACCACACCGCACGAAACAGAAUACCCCUCCAACCCCGCCGGCGGCGCAUUGAGGCACAAUGGGUCGCGAAGACCAGAUCGAAGAGCGCGAGGUGCUCGACUCCAUUUUCCCCGAAGAGAUAACAGACGUUUCGGACACUUCAUAUCGGAUAUCGAUCGCCCUGGAUGUCCCCGAAAAUGAUGUCGAAGAGACAGAGCCACCCGUCCUGAUCUUGCACGUGUCGUAUCCUGAAGACUACCCGGACGUUGCUCCCGAAUUAGACAUCAGUGCGCCCCCCAACGCACCGAAACACCCUCGCAUCGAUGUUUCAGAGGACAAGGAUCGGCUGCUCGAGGCCCUGCAACCGACUAUCGAAGAGAACAUGGGGAUGGCGAUGGUGUUCACCCUAGUGAGCGCGCUGAAGGAGAGUGCCGAGCUUCUGAUGGCGGAGCGCGUGAAUGCGAUCCACGCGGAGAGGGAGAUGGAGGCUGCCAAGCGGGAGGAGGAGGAAAAUCGGAAGUUCCAGGGCACAGCCGUCAACCGGGAGACGUUCCUGGCAUGGAGGGACAAGUUCAUGAAGGAGAUAGAAGAGGAGGAGAAGCGGUUGCGCGAGGAGAAGGAAGCCGAGGACAGGAAGGCUCAGAAGAAGACUCCCGGUAAGGAGGAGAAGAAGCUUACGGGCAAACAGCUGUGGGAACGUGGUCUGGCUGGAAGAGCAGACUUUGAUGAGGACGAGGAGGAUGCCAUGCCCGCUGCUGUAGAGAAAAUGAAGAUCGCCGCGUAG